AUGUCGACCGACUCUGCUUCUCCUCCCCUCGAGGUCCGGGUUGUGCCCCCGUCUAUCCCUGCCUCGUUCACCCCGCCUGUAGCCGUGUCCAUCCAGCUGUCAGUCCUCAACCAUGCGGAGUCGCCUGUCACUGUCCUGAACUGGGGCUCGCCUCUUGAUCCCCGUGCGAACAUUCUUGGUGUCUUCGAGAUCCGCGACUCAGACUCCGAUGAGCUUGUGACGAUCGAUACGGUCAAGUUUACCCGCAAGCUCCCUCCGCCGAGAGAGGACUUUGUGCAAAUUCCUACAGGUGGAACUAUCGACACCGAAGUGACACUUCCUCGCGUUCCCCUCGUCGAGGGGCAUCGCUACACCGUCCAAGCGCGGGGCUGGUGGCAGGCCGUCUGGGAGAAACCCCUGCAAGACGUCCCCGCGGAUGACUUGGAGAAACUGACAGGUGCCAAGCGGGGGGAAUUUCGGUCGGAGGCUGUGCCAAUCACUGUUGCGCCGGAAUAA